CUUCUUGUACAUAAUGUUAACAUCACAUAGCUCUAUCAUCAUUGUUCAUACCACUUUCAUCCCGUCGUUGUGUUACCGCAUUGCAGUCCCUCAGCUUACAGCCGCACGGCAUUUGCGCAUUUCACCUACACCUACACCUUUCUUUUGCACUCCCAGCCGAGAGCCUUACCAGAGAUCCUCCUCCAGUGUCUCAAACUGCUUGUUCAUGGCUUUCAACAGAAAGCGUAAAACAUCCUGAACUGACCUCGUUCCUUGCCAGCUACUCCUUGAAUCGAACAGCACUGCGUAAAUCGCUACCUCAAUGAAUCCUCACGAGUCUUACCAUGACCCGGUGUUGGAUGAUAUGAUCCUCCAAAACAAUACACGGACAAGAAACAAUGAUGGCGGGGAUCGUCGAAACAGCCUAGAAUUCUCGAGGCAGUCUCAAUCUGCCGACCAGACGGAUCUCAUGCAACCUCCACUCCCAGUAGCACCAGAAGUCCCUCGAGGACCGCCGAUAGCAUAUCGAGGCGGAGGAGGGGCAGAACCAGGCAUGCAUAGGUCUUUCUCGCAGAGGGCGAAAGGACGGCCAUUCCACAGAGAAGCCUUUGCCGAUGUGGAUGGGAUUUACCCAGAAGAUGAAAACAUCAAUCCCAAGCGGCGCUCAGUAUCAAAGGCCAAUCAGGAAGAUGUCGCGCCAGGAAUACCACGAAAGCCCCUUGCUACCGAUGGUCUGCGAUUAAAGACCACCGUCCUCAAUGGCAAUAGCCCUAUGGCCAUACCUCGGAGAGAGGCGCAGUCAGCACGAGAACCAUCCGCAGACCUUGCCAGGGUACUUCAAAAGCCUCGCCGGGUAUCAGAAACCCCACGACACAUUGAAGAACCAAUCUCAGCAGUGAGUAGAUCUAGUGCACUCCGCGACGAGGCUCAGCGACGUGACUGGGCUCCUGAUCGGUCUCCUCUUCAGAAAUUGGAGGUUACCCUCAACGACAUCAACAAGGAGGCCAAGCGCGCGAGGGUCCAAGAAGCGGAAAUGCUUAUGCAAGAACGCAAUGCCAGCAAAAUGGACAACGAGAUCAAAGCUUCCCGUGAGCAAUUACCCACACACAGGAGUGUUUCCAGUUCAAAACGUACUGCAUCUCGUCGCGAGCCUCCAAUUGAGGCAGAAGUGCCGACCUUGGAGGAUGCGGGAUUAGUGCGAAAUCUCAGCACGACUCACCGACAACGGCUACAGCACAGCACAACACUGGACAAUCAUCGGCCUGACAUCAGAACUCUGUCUGGCGAAGGUCCUUCUGGCUUUGACUACACUGUAUCAAGCCCCUUGCAGACAGGCUCCACGAGCAAAGCUCGCCGACAAAGCACCAAGUAUCGAAGCGAUGAUGUGGACACAAAUGAGUCACCAGAACUUGUGUCCAAGGUCCGCGCAGAGUUGGCCAGUGGACCUUCUCAAACAAUACAGUCGAGGAAACGACAAGAACCCCAAUCGACAGGUAGACAAUCAUCUCGGUCGGGUGGAAUUGACAGACAGCCUCGUGCACAAGAAACGCAAAACAGACGUCUUCCCCAGCGAGAAAGUUUGGUGGAGAGACAGAAUGCGUCUCACAAAGCAGCUUUGGAAAAACCGACAGGAGUCUCUGCGCCCAAUGCUCUUGCGAGAGACGGAUCACGAAAACUUCAAAAGCCUCGACCAACAUCCUUCGACCCAGCAAUACCAUCUGACCCUCAACCAAGUCGGAUUCCGGUGCCAACAACGGUAUCCGCGAGCAGAACUAAGAAGUCUGAGAACCUUGAUCUGACGCCACGGACGGCUAUCUCGAACUCACCCGCCGGUCAACGCCAUCUUCCACAUACACCUCCUCCAGCAAUUCGAGGCCUUCAGCCCUCCCCACAUCCUAGCAGCCCACGUUCGCCACCAGAAAAGGUUGCCGAUGCUAUACGUCAACGACAGCGCAAGUCCAGCGUUUCUUUCAAGGAGCCUAUGAAUCGGCGUCCGGUCGAUGAAUGGAAAGAGGCUGGAAUAGCAAGACUCACUGCCGAACAUUUCUCUACGGAAGCUGCUGCUCCACUCGAUAAAGGCAAAGCUUGGUGGGAACAGCCUGCUACGGGGUCCGGGCGACGCCGGAGUCGAUCGACGUCAGUAUCGCAUCAAGCAGGCCAGGAAGUGCCCAUCGAUGACAAGACUGCGGAGUUCAAGCCCAGACUUUACCUACGAUGCGGUCCCUUGCUUCGGUAUACAGGCAUAAAGAAGGUCAAGGUUGAGAAGGGGAUAGAUCGUGAAGUAUGGCGAGGGAGCGUUUUAAUUGUAACGCAAGAUUCACACUCUUCGUAUGAGGAGCCGCCAACAUUACGCCUCUUUUGUCAGCCUCAGAAACUGCUGCCGCCUCCUCCUCAUGAAGUGGGAGAAAAUGGUUUAAGGCCAGAAUAUAUUGAUCCUGUGGCUGGCUUGACAAAGCUUUCUAGGACUGGCCGCGCAUUGUAUGUUCGUCCGAUUGAUCACCUCGAAGAAGGUAAAGAUCUAUCUCAACUUGAAAACGAUGAUGGCCUCUUCGAAAGCUCACCCAGUCCCACCGACCUUAAUGGUUAUCACAAUACGCCGAUUAACCGGAGAACCUCUGAUACAGAUGGCGAACGGCUCGGCAGAUAUUCCGAAGUCAAAGGCGCGAGAUUGUAUGCUGAUCCCGACCGAGACGUAACGUUCUGGCGUUUCAACAUUGAAAUCGAACUUAUGGAGCAACAACAACACAUCGCCUAUCGGAUCAAUCGAGGCGCUUCUGCUGGCUUCUGGGUGCCAGCCCAAGGACAGACGAUGAAUAUCAUGUUCCACAGCUGCAAUGGAUUCAGCCUCUCAGUGAAUCCAAAUAAUUUCAGUGGGCCUGAUCCAUUGUGGAGGGACGUCCUGAAUACUCACGAGACACGCCCUUUCCAUGUCAUGAUUGGUGGCGGUGAUCAAAUCUAUAAUGAUCGAGUCAUGAUUGAGACUCAACACUUUGGCGAGUGGACUAGGAUGCGGAACCCUGCGCACAAGCACAGCGCCCCUUUCACGCACGAGAUGAAAGAAGAACUUGAGACCUUUUACCUCAAUCGAUAUUCCAUGUGGUUUUCUCAGGGUCUCUUUGGGAUGGCAGCCAGUCAAAUUCCAAUGGUGAACAUUUGGGACGACCACGACAUUAUUGAUGGUUUCGGUUCAUAUCCACAUCAUUUCAUGGAAACCCCUGUGUUCUCGGGCAUAGGUAAUAUUGCUUUCAAAUACUACAUGCUUUUCCAACACCAAAGCGUCCCAGAAGAAACAACGGUUCAUGAGCCAAGCUGGGUACUCGGGAGAGAGCCUGGACCAUACAUCAAGCAGGUCAGCAGAAGCGUCUUCAUGCAAUUGGGUAAGCACGUUGCAUUUCUCGGCGUAGACUGCCGCACCGAACGCAUGCGUCAUGAAGUUCUCAGCGUUGAUACCCUUGAUAUCAUCCUCGAGCGAUGCAGAAAAGAACUGAUCGAGGGCGAGACCAAGCAUUUGCUCAUUCUGUUAGGAGUGCCAAUCGCCUACCCACGCUUAGUCUGGUUGGAAAACGUUCUGACAAGUCGUCUCAUGGACCCCGUGAAAGCUUUGGGCAGAGCAGGGGUCUUGAAAGGUGGUUUCCUGAACAAGUUUGACGGUGGCGUGGAGAUCUUGGAUGAUCUGGAUGACCACUGGACCGCCAAAAGCCACAAGCGCGAACGGAACGACUUUAUCAAAGACCUACAAGACCUCGCAGCAGAGAAAUCGUGUCGAAUCACCAUUCUAAGUGGAGAUGUUCAUCUCGCAGCUGUCGGUCAAUUCCAUUCCAAUCCCAAGCUCAAGAUACCGAAAGACAGAGAUCACCGAUACAUGCCGAACAUCAUAUCAUCAGCUAUUGUGAACACACCACCGUCGGAUAUGCUGGCGGACAUCCUGAAUAAACGCAACAAGACUCAUCACCUGGAUAUGUAUACUGACGAAAACAUGAUUCCAAUGUUUACACAUGAUGUCGAUUACAAGAAGCGAAACAACACACACCUUCUACCACGCCGUAAUUGGUGCUCCAUCCAAGAAUAUAUCCCUGGGUCGACGCCUCCGCCAUCACCUACCGAAAGCCCGGUCAUGUCAGAGGAUGAGGACGUGGAUGAGGCGCAAGGCACCCUGGAGGCACGCCCUCGACGUUUCUCUUUCAGUAAAGAAGAUGUCAACCCUAGAGCUUUACUCCGUCGACUGAGCUCUCGACGAGCGCCGCCCACCUCAUACCGUGACGCGAUGUAUGAGCAGGAGGGCUCUGCAUCGCAUGAUGGCACAAUCCGGCAAAAUGGACGUUCUGUCUCCCAGGAUAGGACUACAUCUGGUUCGAGGCAAUCAUCCGGCGACUUCCAAGCUACAGCUCGACCACGUGCGUCGUCCUUUGAUCAAUCCUCAUCUGGUGUUCGAGCACGCCCAAAUACAUUCCAACGUCGGCCGACAAAUCUAUCGGAAAAGGCCGCCAGGAAGGGAAACAUUCCUGCUGUUGAUGCCGAAGGCAAUGAGAUCGAUGUCAACGACCACAUCAACUUGGAAGGGGGUCUUGAUAUUGUGCUCAAUGUUGAAGUUAGCCAAAAGCAACCCGCUGGAAUAACGAUACCUUAUCGACUUCUUGUUCCAGCUCUUUGGUAUGAUGGUAGCUCUGACCGCGAAAAGCUUGAUGAGACUGUUGGUGUACAAAGGAAGCCUACCCUUCUCAAUAGAUUUGGGCUGGCUGGGCGACGGCCCAGCAGAGCUUCACACGGUCCAGAAGGCAGCUGGGGCCAGGUACAAAGUGAUGACGAAAGCUUUACUGAUGAAGAGGUCUAUCCUAAGACGGCGACUCCGCGCCGAAGAUUUAGCCUGUUUGGCAGUCGCAAGCAGCAAAAGACGGAUGAGUUUCUUAGUGACGAAGAGUCGGAUCAUGAGAUGCAGUCAGGCGCGGUUCCAGCAACUCAACAAAUGCAGCCUUGGCAGCAGUCAGGCGGCAAUCCUCAAUCUUCACAGCCUUAUCGCGCCACUACAAGCCAUGACAUUCUUUAUGAUACAGAGAGCCGACCACCUCCGAACCAUAGUCUAGAACCCAGCAAGCAUCCCAGCACACGACGCUCUCUGACCAUCGGAUCGGCCUCGAACAAUCGUCCAAUGAUGCAGGUCCCCAGGACUGUAAGUGAUUCGCAUUCCUCCCCAGCGCCACCAUCCAGCUUCAAUACCGGCCAGCCUCCCGUUUCAGGUGGAUCUGGAGAGUUUCCGAUGCGUCGUCUCAGAAAACAAGAGCGCGUUCUCGGUAUCUCGCCAUCAGACCCCCAGCCUCAUGAUCCGCCUAAUAAGUUGAGAGGUAAUGGCAUCAUUGGCAAGGAGUAUCUCGAUGAUCCGAGCAGAGGGUAUGGCAGCAAUGAAGCUUACCAGGAUCCAAGACCUAGGAGGACUUUUAGUCUGAAAAAGGCUAGGAACUGGUUAGACGGUAGACCAAGAGAUGAUUUUGAUUGAUCGAUCUGCUUGAGCGAUCAAAACAACGGCGAAACCAGAUGCUACACUACGAUUAUUAUUCAUUUCUCAGCAUGCUCUUUUCACGAAGAUAUGAGCAACGGCCUCGGAAUUUCAGACCUACGACUUGGAUUGAGCCAUUUCGGUCACAUUCCAUGGUUCUUUUCUUUUCUUUGGUUAAAAUAUUCUCGUUCUUGGAAUCGAAGAUUUCGAAUCUAUGGUGACCGGUGCUUCAUUUGAGUUCCCCUUCACCAACGAUCUAUAUUUGAUGGUCAAUAUCAUCUUGGGGAUACGUUCUCGAGGACAUUCAGGACACCUUUGUUCCGGGAAGAUAACAUUUUGUACGAAAUUAAUUAAUGACUUUGAUCAUCUUAUAUUGCGUCUGU